AAACAACAGAAGAGCCACGCCCCUUUCCAGUCAGGCAAAAAUUAAAAAGCUGUCAGAACACGAAGCACAAACGUAUGCUCUCUGUUUUCUUGCAAAAAAUUUCAUAAAAAACAUUUUGCAUUGUUGAUUUGGCUGUCGUUCGUGGUUGAAGCUCCCAUAAUUAUUAUUUCCGUCAUGCUGAAAGGAGUGCACGCUGAGGAGAGCCUCCGGGAGUACCUUGAGAACCUCGGCCCUGACAGUGGUUUCGUGUCCGGUUUGGUUCUUGGCCAGCGAUGCCAGCAACACGACUACGUCAUCCACGCUCCGCCAACUCCGAAUUUCGAGAGCAAAGAGGAGGACGAGCAGCCGGCGAACCAGGUGGUCACCUCGUUGGCCGACCUAAACGCCUACAACCUCCAGUCGCACGCCAAAAACGUGUCUGGACUGCUCUCAGGUGGCCACAACAUCCUAGGCAUUUAUUCCAUCAGCAAGGACCCCAACAGCUCCGGCCUCCUGGACACCUCGCAGACCAAAAAACUGGAAACCCUUUUGGCCAAACUGAACAGCCCUUUGGCGGAACGCCUGGUCCUCCACUACAACUGCACCACCCACAAGGCCACCUGCAAAUACAUGGACGCCAAAAUGCACCUCAACAAUGUUGACUUCAAGUUCCAGUCCAACCCCAUUCGGUGGGAGGAGGUGGACACUAGAUUCGUCUUUGACUUCAAAAUCCCUCUUCCGGCGGGUGGCAAAGGUGUCACCUCAACCAAAACUAACCUCAAAGCCCUUCUGAACGAGCAGGAAAAGUUGCUAAGGGAUGCCCACUGUCUCAUUGGAGGCGCCGUCCUGGACAAAAACGCCACUCUGGACACCAUCAGCCGUUCCUCAGGGGACGAGGAGGAGUCCAGACUGGUGGCUCAGUUUCUUGUUCGCAACCCGAUCGAACCUGAGGCCGAAGUGGUCAAGACCAAGUGCGCUGGAGUGUUGACUGUCGGAGGUCAUGUCCACGGCAGAGUCUUCCUGCACCCGAAGACGUCCAUCGAGGAAGUGGUGGCCAGUCUGAAGGAGGACAUUGUUCGGUCGUUGCGAACCCGAGUGGAGCUGCACACGGACGCUUUGAUCGAGGAGGAGGAGGGCAGUCCGGAGGAGAAGUUCAUCCAGCACGACCUGCCCAGAAGGGUCCUCUUUAGUCUGCCGUGCUCCUCGGCCAAGAUUUCCAACUACUUGUUUCCCGGAGAGGCAUCGACAGACUCACAGGCAUCCUUGGAGUUGCUCUUGGGCUGUCAAUUUGAAGACGAAGCUGCAGAGCUGGAGGAGGAAGUCGAAGACCCAGAGCUGAUGGUUCCUCCGGAGGAAAGGGAGACGACCCCGAUGGCCGUCGAGCAGAACAAACCAAGCAACCUCGCGCUCUACGCGGCUAUCGGCGGACUUGUCUUGAUUUUAGCCAUUGUGGCCAAUGUUGUGCUGAGCACCAAUAAAUGACAGUGCCUUUCAAGUAUGGGGUGAUUUAAAUAUUUAUAUACGAGCUAAAAAGUUGCCUAAUCUCAAAAUCAGGCCUGAACUGCAAAUUAAUUAAUAUUUUAAUUUGCCUCAAUUUUUCUUUGAAUAUUUAUUUGUAAAUGAAAAAGAUGAAAUAAAGCAACAGAAUAAUUCUAUCCAAAAGAAUUAUUACUCAUCACUAUU